AUGUUACACACUAUUGGAAAAAAAGAAAUUCAGUAUCAGGCUUUGAAUCAUAUUAAUGAGAUUUUGCAUUCUAUGGACCAUGAUAUAAAUGAAUACGAGAUCAUUCCAGAGAAUAUCCGAUCUUCUGCAGCAUCAAGAGAAGCAAAGGAUGUUCAUUUUGAGAGAUUUAUCACUGUUAGCGAAGACGAUGUUCUUUUACAUAAGAAGUUGAACAAAAAGCAAAUGAUUGCAUAUAAUAUGAUCACAGAGAGAAUAUUUUCAAACAAACCAGGAGCAUUUUUUAUAGAUGGUCCAGGAGGUACAGGGAAAACUUUCUUAUACCAUGUCUUAUUAGCAACUAUACGAUCUAUGGGAUAUGUAGCUUUAGCAACGACUACCUCUGGUGUUGCUGCUUCUAUUCUUCCAGGUGGACGUACAACACAUUCACGUUUUAAAAUUCCCAUUGAUUUGGAUGAAAAUUCAAGUUGCAAUAUAAGUAAAGAAAGUUCACUUGCAACUUUAAUUCGUGAAGCAAAAUUGAUUGUUUGGGAUGAAGUUUCAUGGCUAAAAGAAAAAUGGUAG